AUGGCCCGACCGCCGUCUUUGUGGGUACUCGUGCUGGCCAUCUGCGGGGGACUGGAGGGCGCCACGGCGGUCACCACUGCUGCAGACUCCUCCACUCCGACCACUGCAGACUCCUUCCAUCCAUCCACUACUGAUUCCUUCCAUUCAUCCACUGCAGACUCCUCCCCUCAAUUCACUACUGACUCCAUUUCAUCCACUGCAGACUCCUCCCCUCAAUUCACUACUGACUCCAUUCCAUCCACUGCAGACUCCUCCCCUCAAUUCACUACUGACUCCACUCCAUCCACUGCAGACUCCUCCCCUCAAUUCACUACUGACUCCACUCCAUUCCCUGCAGACUCCUUCCCUCAAUUCACUACUGACUCCUCCCCUCCAUCCACUACUGACUCCUUCCAUUCAUCCACUGCGGACUCCUCCCCUCCAUCCACUCCUGACUCCAUUCCAUCCACUACGAACUCCUUCCACUCAUCCACUGCAGACUCCUCCCCUCCAUCCACUACUGACUCCAUUCCAUUCAAUACGAACUCCUUCCAUUCAUUCACUGCAGACUCCUCCCCUCCAUCCACUACUGAUUUCUUCAUUUCAUCCACUACGAACCCCUUCCAUCCAUCCACUACUGAUUCCUCCCCUCCAUCCACUACUGACUUCUUCAUUUCAUCCACUACUGACCCCUUCCUCCCAUCCACUACCCACUCUUUCUCUCCAACAAGUAAAGCCUCUAUCCCAGAUGCUUCCUCUGGCUCUUCAACAUUUUCCAACGGUACAUUCCUUACAACUGAAAGAAACAAGAGAGAUGAUGUUCAGAGUGGUCCCAAAGAAAUUUACAUUACGCUAAACAGCACAACAACGACUGGGGUUGACAAGAUAUCUGUUUCAUGGAAUGAUGUGAACUGCACUGAAGGGUAUGAAAUGCAAGGGAAUUGUGAAAGAAACUACAAUUGUUGCUCUGACCAGUGUGAGCUUCCUUUACCAUAUGACUUACAUAUACUCAACACAACCUUCUCCGGAGACCCAUGUACAACAUACGAGGUGAAAGUGAAAGGAAUAAACUGCAAAUCAAGUUGGAGUGAAGAAAGAAGUAUUUCCAUCAACUGUAAAGUACCUGAUAAGCCCAGAAACUUGAAGGUCACCAAGCCUGCCUUUGAUAAGCCUGAAAAUGAAUCCAGAAUGGCUUAUAUCACCUGGAAUACCCCUUACCCAACAAAUGGUACACUGAUGGAUUAUGAACUUACUUAUUCCACCAAAAACACUACUCAUAAUUUCAAGAUUAUUCCAGAUGAACAUUGCAACGAUGAAUCUACAAGACUUACAUGUAACUACUCACUUGAGCUGAAGCCAGAAUCCGAGUAUUGCUUCACUGUUAAAGCUCGAAAUAAGGAAACAAGUGCAAACUAUUCACUUCCAGAGACAGUUAACCUCACCACUGAAGCAGGAAAACCAUUCUUCACCAGUAAUAAGUCACUGGACUAUGAAAAGAAUGAAGUGACACACAAUUCCAUCACUCUUCUCAUUGAUGGCAACUCCAUCAGUCAUGACAAUGGCAAAAUCAAAAAAUGUUUAGUGAAGAUGAAGGAAGGUUGUGAUGGGAAGAAUGGACAAAGCAAAAUAGUGUACUGCACCAACAAUGUCCCAAACGCUCAAUUCAGAGUUGUCAUUGGGAAAAACUCAACAUCUUCAGGCUGUCUGGCAUACGACACCUUUUCCAGCUUGGAGUCAAGUGAAUGCUACAAAUUUUUUGUUACCAUUCUUACCAGUAUGGACUCUGAAAUAUCAAACACUGUCAAGAUCAUUACUAAACAGAAUCCCCUCAUACCAGUGCUCUAUAGUCUUGUUGCACUAUUCAUUAUCUUGCUGAUCGGUGCGGUAGUUACCUAUGUCAUCUUCAGACAUCAUUACAGACCCAUCUUUUAUUUCAAUUUCUCCAGACAGGAUAGCAUAUCCAUCGAACUUCCUCUGGUGGUACCCUCUCCUCCUGACAUCAGUGUGGAGAGGCGCAUCCUGUUGUCUGACUUGCUUGCAACCGUUCAGAGGCUGUUUUCAAAUGGUUCUGCUGGUCUGGCUACAGAAUAUGGUGAAAUCCAAGCAUUAAGAACAUUUAAACCAUGCAAAAAUGCUCAUCUUCCAGUCAACAGGAUCAAAACUCGCUACUUAAACAUUCUUCCCUUUGAUGAGACACGAGUGGUGCUAAAGGAAUAUCCAAACAUCAUUGGCAGUGAUUUCAUCAAUGCUUCUUAUGUUCAUGGAUAUUCAAUGGCCAGGGAAUUCAUUGCCUGCCAAGGGCCACUACACAACACUGUGGGUGACUUUUGGCGCAUGGUAUGGGAGAAGGAUGUCCAUGUCAUUGUCAUGGUUACCCAGUGUGUUGAAAGAAACAAGGAGAAAUGCUGCAAAUAUUGGCCUGAUAAUGGCAAAUCACUUUCUUUUGGUGAUCUCACACUAAAAGUAAGGAACUUGGAAGAGAAGGAGCACCAUGAGGAUGGCUUUAUACAACGCAACCUACAGUUGUCUAAGAGACACAAAAUACGUUCCAUCCAUCACUUCCACUUUGUAUCAUGGCCUGACAUGGGCUGCCCUGAUACCCCAGACCAACUGAUCAAAUUUGUGAAGACUGUCAAGGCAGCUGUACCUGCAGCCAGUGCUCAUGUAGUUGUACAUUGCAGUGCUGGUGUGGGCCGGACUGGCACCUUCAUUGGCCUAAGCAACCUAAUUGAAGAGAUGCAUGAACAGGACAGCAUUGAUGUAUUCCACACAGUAUACAGGAUGAGAUUAUACCGUACCAACAUGGUGCAAACACAGGUCCAGUAUUCCUUCUUAUACAAGUGUGUACUUAAAUACUACCUGGAUCAGAAAGGAGAAAGUGAGUCUUGGUCUGCAAUUGAAAGGAGGCUGGGCAAUCCAGAAUCCAUCCCUGAUGUAAUCACUGGUGCCCUGAGAGGGCCACAGCAUGAUAAAUUUGAUGAGGGGGAUAUUACUUACAGUACAUCUGAGGAAAGUAUAUCACAGGAUGAGAAAGAAAAUUAACAUGAUGAAAACCAUAUAAAUUCUUCUAACAUCAUUCAAUAAUAGAUGAACAACAAGUGGGUAUUCUUCUUUGGAUUUUCUAGAAAGAAGAGGUUCAUAAAAAUGGUAGAAUUUAUGGGAAAUAAUUGGACAUGUUUAUACUAUAAAAAAUUCAACAUGUAUUUAUAAAUUAGUAUUAUAGUCAAUGUGCUUCUCUAUUUAUUCAUCUCUCUCUCUGAAGCCUUACUCCCACUUGGAGCAUUCCCAAAGGGGUGGCCAUAGCAGAAGAGCCUCCACUUCUCUCUAUCCAAACAUUCCCUUCUUGCUUGUUCAAGCACUAUGCCAUUUUACACACUCUUCAGUCAUCACACCCUCAACAUGGCCACACCAUUUUUGUGUAUUUCUGUUCAUCCAUUCUAUCACUUCAUACUUCACUUCAUUUGCAUGAAUGCUCAAACCACAAUUUUCACGUUUUCAUUGCUUUCAUUUUCUAAUUUGCCAGUUCACAUGUCUUCUUCAGAUAACUUGUUUCCACAGCACUCAUUCCUAACUGGUGUGCCCUAUUUCAUGUUCCAGUCUUUCAUCUUUAUGUCAGUGCUUGCAGGAUAAUAUUAUUCCUUAAAUCCCCCUUUACAUUCAAAGACACAUUUCUUCCUUUCAUAACACUUUACAAAUGAUCCCUUGACAUGCCUAUCUUUCACAACCCUCUCUCUUGUUUCUCUAUCCAUUUACUAUCUACUGUACUAUUUCUAUCUAACACUAUCUCCAGAUACCUAAACUCUUUCACUUUUUCUGUUUUCUCUCCAUCCUUAACUAUUUGACCAUUUAAGGUUUACUUAAGUCAUACACCUUCACUUCCUUCCAUCUCAAAGACCAUCAUCUUACUUACCCCUUAAUUUACUCAACCACUAAUCUUAAAAGUAUCUUUCACUUUCAGCAAACAACACAGUGUUAUCUAUAAACAGACUUGAAUGCACAACCUGUUCAGUUUCAGGCUUGCACCACAAUAUUUCCUACUUUGGCUGUCAAGUUCCUCAUGCAACAAUCCACAAAAGUAUAAAACAACCAGGUGACCAUCAUAUAAUCUUGCCUCUUCAAUCUUCACUUUUAUUUCCUCAUUACCCAAUUUAUGACUGAAGACUGGCUUCACACAAUUAUGCCCAAGCUUCAACACUCCACAUUUUUUUGUGUUAAACUCCAUUUUCCAAGUGCCACUCCAAUCUCAAAUCAUAUUCAGAUCUUCCUGUAGGGCUUCACAAUCCACUAUCUUCUCCAUUUUUCUCAUCAACUUUGCAUCAUUAACAAACAGACUUAUGUAACUAUUCACCCCUUCCAUUAUAUCGUUCACAUUGAUAGCAAACAUAACUGGUGCUAGUACCAACUAAUUACCACUAAUUACCUCUCUCCAUGAUGACUUCCUAUCUUUGACCACUGUUCUCAUUUCCCUUCCUCUCAGAAAGUCAUUGAUCCAAUGUAGGAAUGCACCUCUCAGCCCAUCAAACAUUUCUAAUUUCCACAGUAGUCUCUUAUGGGGCAACUUAACAAACACUUUCUUUAAGUCCAAAUAAACACAAUCUGCCCAUCCCUCUCUUUCUUAUACUAUAUCUAUGAUUGGAGUAGAAGCCCAUUAAAUUCACCAUAUGCGAACUUCCUUUUCUAAAUCCGAAUUGUCUGUUUGUUAACAUCUCUCUUUUUUUCAGAUAUUCACUCCAUCUUUGCUUCAAUAUUAAUUUGCACAUUUUUGUCAUUACACUUGUUAAUGACACAGGUCUAUAAUUAGAUGGUUCUUCUUUGUUUUUAUUCUUAUAUAUGGGAACUAUAUCUGCUUUUUUUCCAAUCUUUGGCCACCACUCCUUCCCUUAAUAUAUUUCUAUGCUUCUAUUUUGGGAAAACAUAUUUCUUGACAUCUCUUCUACUUGCUGUUUUCUUCAAUUUCACUCCAUGUCCUCUUGUAUCUCUUAAGUUCCACACAAAUAAGUCUUCUUUGUCAACUUGAUCCUUACCCUUUAAAGCUCUGUAUAUAGCAAUCAGGUCUCGUCUUUCUCUUCUCUCUUGUAAUGAUGGAAGCUUCAAUCUCCUUAAUUUUUCUUCAUAGGUUAAAUCUCUCAAACUUGGUACCAAUUUGGUUGCAGCUAUUUGGAUCCUUUCUAUUUUCCUAAUUUCCUUUUUAUUAUGGGGUGACCAAACAAUUGUGGCAUAUUCCAGUUUUGGUCAAAUCACAUAUUCCAUCAACUUUUUCAUAAUCUCUUCAUCCAUGUAAGCAAAUGCCCCUUUCAUCUUUCUUAGUAACUCAUAGGUUUCCCCAACUAUUUUGUUUACAUGUUUUUCUGGUGGUAAGUUAUCACUGGUUGUAAUCCCCAAGUCUUUUUCUUCUUUGGUUUUCUUAAUUUCCACUUCUCCCAUGGUGUAGGAACUUGUCAAUCUUCUUUUGCUUUUUCCUAAUUCCAUCACCUUGCAUUUCUUUGCAUUGAAUUCCAUUUCCCAUUUCUUACUCCAUUUAUAUAUCUUAUUUAGAUCUUUCUGUAAUAUUUUACAAUCCAUAUUGUUUUCCACUCUUUUCAACAAUUCUGCAUUGUCUGCAAACAGACUUAUAUAACUGCCAAGCUCAUCCACCAUAUCUUUGACAUACACCAGAAACAUUAUGGGGGCUAAGACUGUCCCCUGUGGUACUCGUAACUCUACACCAUUCUGAUUUUUCUCCCUUUAUUACUGUUCUCAUUUCUCAUUUUCUGUAAUCCAAUUCAGUGUGUUUCCUUGUAAAUCCUCUAUAUUUUUUAUUUUCCAUAGCAGUCUCUGGCGUGGUACCUUAUCAAAUGCUUUUUUUAGGUCUAAAUAAGCACAGUCUGGCCAACCCUCUCUUCCUUGAAUUAUAUCAAUUGCUCUACUAUAAAAGCUCACUAAAUUCGUGACACAAGAUCUUCUACUUCUGAAACCAAAUUGUCUGUCGGUCAAUGUAUGUGUUUCUUCUAAAUAUUCCAUCCAUCUGUUUUUAACUAUUCUCUCCACUAUUUUUGCCAUCACACUUGUUAGGGACACUGGUCUGUAAUUCAAUGGAUCUUUUUUAUUACCUCCUCUAAAAAUGGGCACAAUAUUGGCUUUCUUCUAGUCUAGAGGAAUUUUCCUUCCUUAAAAGAACAUACUACGAUAUUGUGUAUACCUUCUGCCAGUUGUUCACAACAUUCCUUAAGUAUCCAGUUGGACACUCCAUCUGGUCCUUGAGCCUUACUUACAUCCAAAUCUUUCAUAAUCUUCUUAGUUUCACUUAUGUCCAUCUGUAUCUCUCUCAUCACAUUGUCUCUGUACCAUGCUCUUUUUCCUUCAAAUUUGCUUUCUUUGGUAAAUACUGACUGGAAGCACUUGUUCAUUAAUUCCACUUGUAACCAUGUAUCUUCAUAUGUAAUGUCAUCUUUCAUUAAUUUAUCUAUUGUUUGCCUGUUUUUCAUCUUCCCAUUCACAUAUCUGAAGAAUAACUUCGGCUCAUCUUUGCAUUUGUUAACUAUAUCUUUCUCAUAAUUCCUUUCUUCAUCUCUCAGGAUUCUGAUAUAUUCUUUUCUUACCUUCUUGAAAUCUUCACAUUUUUCACUUCCUCCUUUUUUUCUCCAUCUAUUCCAUGCUGCUUCUUUUUCUUUUCUUGCUGUUAUACAUCUUGUAUUAAACCAGUCUUUUUUUCCUUUUCACUUCCUUUGUUUUGAUCUUCGGUACAUAUCUACUGACCCCUUCAUUAUAAAUUUCCAUGAAUAUGUCCCACUUUUCCUGCAUACUGCUUGCCCUGAACAGUUGUUUCCAUUUAGCCUCUCCAAAAUAUUCCCUCAACCCGAUAAAAUCUACUUUCCUAUAUUCAUAUCUCCCAUUCUUGUAAAUUUCAUUCCUAUUUUCUAUUGGAUCACUGCCUAUACUGAAUUCAAUUAAGAGAUGAUCACUUUUACCUAGUGGGCACUGAUAAUUUCUUCCUUCAAUGAUGUCCAUUUCCUUUGUAAACACCAAGUCUAGCCUUGAUGCCUCUUCAUUACUCCAAAUCUUGUAUUUUCUCCAAUCCACUGGAUCAUAGUAUUUGUCAUUAUUAAAUACAGAAGCAUAUAUCCCCAUGACUCUUCACCCCCAUCCGUGGUCCACUCUUCCCAGCAUACCUCCUUGCAAUUAAGGUCACCCAUAAGUGUUAUAUUGUUACUCUCUGCCAGUAUUCUCUCCAAACAGUUACUAAUAUCUCUUAACAAUAAUUUAUAAUCCUAUUGUGUUCAUGCAUUCAUCUUUGGGGGUACAUAAACCACUACAAAAUCUCUCCUUUCUUCUCCUUUCCUUUUUUGUUUGAAUUCUGAAUACUUCCGCCAUUCCUUCUCCUAUUUCAACCUCUUCAACUGUUAUACUCUUUUUUGUAAGUAACAUGAUUCCUCCCCCUUUCUUAUUAUUUCCAUGUUUUAUCCACACAUUACAAUUACUAUUACCAAUUCUUAUAUUUUCUGUUGUCUCAUUUAGUUUAACUUCAGUAAUAUCCAUGAUGUUGAGCUGCUUUAUCUUAAUAUAAUUAUUCAAUUCUUGCAGUGUUGAUAUUAAACCAUUUAUAUUUGUGUAUACCACUGUCCAUUUUUUAUUUUUCCAUACAUUAUUUACAUUUUCUAUUCUUUUUUUUUUGUCAGAUACCACUUCCUGAGCCUCUCAUCUUUUACCUUCCAACAUAACUUUUUUUCUCUUCCUCUGUUCUGUUCUCGUUUUUUGCCUUUGCUUCUUUUAUUAGAUCGCUUACCUUGAGUCUCUCCUCCUUAUUCAUGUCCCUCUAUCCAAACUUUCCUGUAUUGCUCUGUCUUGUCCAGUUUCCAUGGAUUAAAUAUCACUUCCAUGGCUGUUGUUUGUGCCCUAAAUUUUACUUUCAGUGGUUGCUUUCCUCCUUCUAUAUACUUCCCCUGUCUAUGUAUUUCCUCAAUUUCACUUAUCCAGUCCUCCCCUUCUCUCUGUAUAUUUCUUACAAUGUCCUCUGCUACCUUUUUUUGUUCUCUUUCCCUCUUGUAUCUUACUGGCUCUGUUUCCUCUUUUAAUCCAUAACAAUACAUUUCUUUUUGUCCACUGUGUCCCUUACCAUCGAUUCCUUCUGUUUGAUCACUUUCACAAUUUCUUUUCUUAAAUCUGUCUUUUCCUUCUUUUGUGCUUCUAUGAUUUCUGUAAAGUUAAGUUUUUCUUCUUGUGUGUGUGUGUGUGUGUGUGUGUGUUUUUUUUAUCUAGUAUAUGGUGAGUGGAUGGUCAGAUAAAAAAAAACAUGCAAAGCUUAUAUAUUGGUAUUACCUUAGAAAACUGUGAUUCAUGGAAGAACUCAUAAAUAAUCAAUGUAAUCCUGUUGGUACUUUAUUCAAAGACCUUCAGAAUUAAAGUGUGUGGAAACAAA